UGUGCAGCAGGACAGAGCAGUGCAAGUGGGGAGGAAAAGAGGCACGUUCACACAGAACAGAGAACGAUGGAGGACGUGUGUCAGUAUGUGCUGUGGGCUCUGCCGGUGCUGUGUUUCCUGGUCUGGCUGUGGAGAGACAGCCUGCAGGCUCCCUCCCUGGGGGAGAAGUACGUCUUCAUCACCGGCUGCGACUCGGGCUUCGGGAACCUGCUGUGUAAGAGGCUGGAGCGCCGUGGCUUCCACGUGCUGGCGGCCUGUCUGACGGAGCACGGCGCCCAGGACGUCCGCAGGUCCACAGGGGCCAAGCUCAAAACCACCCUGCUGGACGUCACCGACCCCUCCAGCAUCCAGAGCGCCGUGGAGUGGGCCCAGACCCAGACCGGGGACAGAGGGCUCUGGGGCCUGGUGAACAACGCGGGCCGGUCCCUGCCCAUGGGCCCCACGGAGUGGAUGCGGGCGUCAGACUUCGAGAGCACGCUACGUGUGAACAUGUCGGGCGUGAUAGGGACCACGCUGGCGUUCCUGCCGCUGCUGAAGAAGGGCCAGGGGCGCGUGGUGAACGUGGCGUCUGUGCUCGGCCGCGUCGCUGCCAAUGGUGGCGGCUACUGCAUCUCCAAGUUCGCCGUGGAGGCCUUCUCCGACUGCCUCAGGAGGGACAUCCACUACUUUGGGGUGAAGGUGUGCAUCAUCGAGCCAGGCUUCUUCAAGACGGCCGUGACCAACCUGGAGUCGCUGGAGCGGGAGCUGCGGAGGCUGUGGGAUCAGCUCACCCCGGCCGUGCGCGACAGCUAUGGAGAGCGAUACUUCCAUAACUACAUCAAGGUGCAGCGCUUCCUCCUAAACCUGCUGUGCGACUCUGAUCUCAGCAAGGUCACCGGCUGCAUGGAGCACGCCCUCACCGCCCUCCACCCGCGAACCCGCUACAGCGCCGGCUGGGACGCCAAGCUGGCCUGGAUCCCCCUCUCCUACGCCCCGUCCUGGGUCGUGGACUGCGCGCUCAAUUUAGUGCUGCCGCGCCCUGCGCGUAGCGUGUCCUAAAUGUUUAGGGAAAGACGGCAAGUCAAAAAGAUCCACGCAAUGUACCGGGGACAGUUAUGCACAUAAAAGUGCCGCUGUUAUUGUGAAAACAUAUCCCCGUGAUCUGUUCUGAAAUUCAAGAUUUUUAUCGCUUUUUUAAACGAAAGCAAAACUACAAGUUCCCUACAGCGUGUGCUCAAUGAUACAGUGUUCUACAAGCGCAGUAAUGGGCUACAUUAAUGUUUAAAAUACUGUGCAAUUAUUUUUCAUCAACAACCCUGUGUGCCUUACUGCUUUUUUAAAUAUUGUGCACGUAUUCCGAAGGAUGUAGAGGCCAUGUGCAUACAUGACUUCGAAUAUUAAUUAUCAAGAUUAUUUAUUUAUUACACCACUGGGAAGUCAACAACUACUCGUGAGAGAGCUGACGUGGUGUAGUCACCGUUAAGUCUGCUGCCGCAGGUCGCAGGAGUUCCUUAUAUCACGUGCCUGUAUGUCCAUGAGCAAACUGUAUACAUGCAGCCCAUGUUCCCAUAUUAUACAUCCCAUUACAUUACAGUCAGGUGCGCUAAUCCAGAGCAACCUACAAUAAAGUGCUCAUCAUAACCAGGGGCAACUGCGCUGAAAACCCGGGAGGGAAGUACGGUUCCAAGCGCUAGACUGGUCAAUGACAAAAACUUAAACUGACAAAUAUAGCGUUCCUCUGACAAAACCUACACACACCCUGUUAAUUGCCAAUAGAAUACUUUUUUGAUUACUAAAGAAUUUCACAGUUGCUCAAACAUAACCGCGAAAACGCCCACAGUAUCUAACCGAUCCUAAACAUAUGUUCAAAACAAGUCUAUUACUAGCGAAACCAAUAUUUAUUCUGCUCUAGUGGCACUGAUUUCUGCAUCUCCUACGCGCUUAGUGGAAAUAUCCCCAGUUGUUCAAGGAAAUGAACACGAUUUCAAUAGACGAAUCACCACGCAAAUGAGGCGCACAGGCCUGUAAUACACGUUUUCUCCCCCUACAGCGUAAUUAUUUUGAGGUGAGAAGAGACGGGACGUUGGAAGUGGGGACGACACUCAGAAAUAAAGGGCAGGGCAGCAACAUUAAUGAUAUUUUUCUAAGAAUGGUCAAGUUUUAAAGAUAAACAUGCAUAGUGGCAGUCCUGUAUGCCAUUUACAUAACAGGACGUUCCUACCUUCCACACAAAACUUUUGAAAGUGUUUCCGUUUUCUCAUUAUAUGCUGCUUUGUUUGACUAUCGUGACAUUAACAAGAAUGGGUUUGUCACAGAAGUCUCGGUGUCUUAUUCAGGAAACAAGCAUGAUAGGACAACAGUAUUUACCUCUGAUUAAAAGUGUAUAUUGUAUUUCAGACUAACACACAUGAGCCUUAAUACAUGCGACUGUUUGAAUGUUUCCACAUUACGAUGAAGUGAAAUAUAUGCACCCAUAAUAAACCGAAUCAUUCUUGAA